UUUACAUCUAAUUUCGUACAGUUUGACGACGUUAAACCAAACUCUUUUGAUACCAAAUCGAUCUUCCAGGUAAGAUACCUCCACUAACUCCACAACCCUUUCUCUAUCCCAUAAACUUUAUUCUUCUGUUCACCAUCUCAAGUAUCUAACCUUGAAAUUAGGAAGAAGAAGACCUCAUCAGCCUUGGGUGGAGCGGAGAUCACCAAAUCAACUUAUUCGAAGAGUUUGAAGACUCAGGCUAUCUAUUCUCGACACUCGAGAAGGAGAAGUCUUCAAUCAGCACACUCAAACUUUCUCAGGAAAAAGACUUCUCACAAUCAAUGGAAUAUUCGUACCCUCAGAAGGAAUGUCCCCAAAAAGUAGACCAAAAGAAGAGAAAAAGAAGACCCAAGUGUCCAGAGAAAAAGAAGCAGAAGUUAUUAGAGCAGAAGGAAAAGCUCCGGAUGGAUGUCAUUAAUAAAGGCAUCCUACGUAUGGUUAGAAGGUUUUUCCAUAGACUUUUUACUGAGAGGAAUAAUGACGUAGUGCAGAAGAGGUUCAUUAACUAUGAAUUUUCAGAACUUAUUGAGAGAAUUGAGCAAUUACUCCUAGAUAUUGGGUUCAGUGAUGAUAUCCAUAAUCUGGCUAUUUUCCUGUUUAAAACCUUCAGGAUUUCGACAAAAGACAUAGUAGAAGGAUCUUCUACUCCAUAUCAGGAUGCAGAGGUGGUGAAUGCCGCUAUGACUAACUAUACAAGAGCCAAAUACUCCUUAGUAAAUAAGUGAAAGUACUUCAGGAUAUGUCUCCAGUAUAUAUACUCAGGAACUCUCGCUGACAAGAACAUCAAAUGAAUGAAUCACCUACUGCAAACUGAGGAAAAAUGUAUCAAAGGGGAUAGAGAGAAAUAUCUUGAAACUUUUGAAAGCCUGAACGCUGACAUAAUUAAAAAUCCUAUUUAAAUCAUUUCUAACAUACAAAUGCGUUCAUUUCAUGGGUUUGCGAGUGGGAUUUUUAAGAAGAAAAUGAUUAAUAAUUAUUAUAAAAACACAAGGAAAGUUUAUCCAUACGUCUUUUUCUCUAAAACCUCACUUCGGAUUAGGUUUAGUGUCACACAACAUGAACCUCUACCUCCAUUUUUCUUGCAUCCUUAAUAAUGAUAUUCGAUAAUCCUUCAAACAAGAUGUAUGCUCAAUGCACACCUAUCUAACUAACUGGAAGGCUAGUAUAGAAUUUUGAGCUCCUUUUUACUUCCUUUUUGUUGUAGACACCCAUUUCUUCCGGAUUAUGAAACAUUUUUAUAGUAUUAGAAUCUUGCGUGGACUUUUGGUCUAAUGCCCAAGACUAAUGAUUCUCAACUUUGUAGGAACAUCCAAAUUUUUUCUCACUAAAUUGCUUUAUUGAUCUUCUUCAUUUGAUGAAAGCUCAACUGGAAAUCUAACCUGACUUUAAAUUGGCAGCCUUUCAGAUUAUCAUAUUAUAGAAGUGGAA